AUGUCGAGAAACGUAUCUCAAGUAGGAGAAUCAUCGAAAACGAGAUCAACGUCAGUCCCUAAGCGAGACGAUGAUUCUCACAGACAGAAAAUAUUGGUACUAGGUUGGAGAAAAUCUGGUAAAACAUCAUGUAUAAAAACAGUAUUUCAAAAUGUACCUGCAAGGGAAGUACCUUAUUUUGGCGUAACACAAAAAAUCGAGAAAAUCAAUUAUGACUCAAUUGUACCUCUGCAAAUAUGGGAUACGCCUUCGAAUUUCGAGUUAGAUCAAUUGGAAGUACCAAUAAGUACAUUCUCGACAGUGGUGUACGUAUUAGAUAUGCAACAAGACGACUCAUACCAUGAAUCGAUACUGCGUUUCGUUCACUUGAUGGUCAAGAUUUAUCUGUUGAAUCCUUCAAUUAGAUUUCACAUGUUCAUACAUAAAUCAGAAGUAUUAUCAGAAGAUUAUAGAGGAGAAAAUUACGCUGAGAUACAAAGAACCACAUCUGAAGAAAUCGAAGAUUUCCCUUAUAAAUCAUUAUUGAAUUCAAACUCAACGUCAAAUCAACAUCAACAACAACAUGCUAAUAAUACGAUAGGAGAUAAAUGGGAUUUAGAAGAUCAACAAACUGUUGGAAUGAUAAUCAAUACGUUGAUAAGUGAAAUUAGAUAUUCAAUGACUUCAGUACAUGAUGUUACUCUGAGAGAUGCUUGGUCAAGAGUUCUUCAAGGUGGUAUGGAAAUGUUACCUGCUGUCGAAAGUUUACUCUUAGAUUUCACAUCUCACUCAAGCGCAGAUAACAGCUUCUUAUUCGAUAUCAAUUCAGGUGUGAUACUAGCUACAGAUAACAGACAUCGUACAGAUGAUUUAUCAGAACAAGUCACAGAAUACUUGUCUAGUUUUUUGGCAUUUAGGGAUCUAUACAAGAAUAUCAAAAAGCAAAAGCCGACAUCGAACGGUUCAUCAGACCCCAAAACAGAGAAGGAGCACGGUAAUCCCAAUGGAAUUGGGAACGAAGCAGAUCCCGAAGAAGAGUCAGAAGAAGAUAAUGACGAACCUGGAGGAUGGUGGGAUGAUGAAGAUCCAGAUGCGCCUUGGAUGACUCAAUCUACAAGAUUGAUGCCAAACACAACCCUGGCAUUAUGGCAAUUCACUCCGUAUCUCGCGUUAGUGGUGCUGCUGAGAACGGAAACUUGGCACGCUAGAAGAGGAACUAUAGAAUAUAAUCUGACGUUUUUGAGACAAGGUGUGCGAGAGAUUCUGUCGGUGGUAUAA